UAUUUGCGCCAUUUUGGAUAGGGCAGUUUCUAGCCUGAUGUGUAUUGUCUGUCAGUGAGGAGAAUAGUCAAAGCUUCACCGGCUGCUGGGCAAUAAUAGAAAGACUUUAGGCUAUUUCUUUUGAAAGAGUGGAGUUAUCCCCAACAACAGGGCAGGGGUCUGUCCUCUCUACUUCAGGGGAAUGUACGUUUUAAUUGUCUAAUGAGUGGUGAGGGGCUUUCAGUUGCUGUUUGCCGACCGCAGGGACGAAGAUAGUCUUUUCCUCUGCGAGGGGGAGUUUUGGUUUGGAGGAGAGAAAGACGGCCGGGUGGCUCGGUCCCAAACGUUACCCGACGACGCUAGCUGUCACCUGCAGAGGAUAACACCGAGAUAUCUGCUACAAGAGAAAGUGUCUACACAUCCUGAAGUGACACAUUUCACUCAGACGGGAGAGCUGGAUGUGAAAGCAGGUGGGCAGGAUGUUCCAGCUCCCUGUCAAUAACCUGGGCAGUCUACGGAAAGCAAGGAAAAAUGUUAAAAGGGUCCUCGGGGAUAUUGGUUUGGAGUUCUGCAGAGAUCACCUAGAGGACUACAAAGAUUAUACUCCUCCAGAGGUGUAUAUAAAGCACACGAACUGGGAUGAUGUAUGCAUGUGGGAACCUUCACAUACCAAAGUCCAGGACUACAGAUCAAAACCUUUCUGCUGCACUGGCUGCCUCUUUUCAUCCAAGUACUUCUCUGCAUACAAGAGCCACUUCCGCAAUGUCCACAGCGAGGACUUUGAGAACAACAUCCUGCUCAACUGCCCCUACUGCACUUACAAUGGCAACAAAAAGACUCUGGAAACACACAUUAAACUAUUCCACAUGCCCAACAACGCUGUGCGGCAAACCACUGGUGGAAUGGUGGCUGGAGCUGGAGGGGUGAUGAUGAAGGAUGGUGUCCUAAAGAGGACUGGGGACAGUGUGGAACAGGCUGUGUACUACUGCAAGAAGUGCACCUACAGGGACCCUUUGUACAAUGUGGUGCGAAAGCAUAUCUACCGGGAACACUUCCAGCAAGUGGCCCAGCCCUACAUUGUGAAACCAGGAGAGAAGACAAACGCUCAGAACGGUGGCACAGCAGGAGCUACAGGCAAUACAGAGAGUAAUAAAACAAACAUUGUCAACAGUAACCAGAUUCAUUGCAAGAAGUGUCUGUUUGUUCCCAGGACCUACGAGGCACUUGUUCAACAUGUCAUUGAGGAUCACGAGAGGAUAGGCUACCAGGUAACUGCCAUGAUUGGACACACCAGUGUGAUAUUCCCUCGUCCCAAACCAACCCUCAUUAUCCCCCCAAAAACCCUAGGUGACAAAACCAUCAUAGGGAUGGGCCCUAAAGGUGCAGUAAUGGCCACUACCAGGACUCCUGGCUCACAGCAGCUGGGUCGUGUUGUCAUCCCAUCAAAGACAGGUUUCAACUCCAGUCUUUUAUCUGGGUUGAAACAUGAUGCAGUAAGAUUAAAAGCUGGGACCACCCAGCCAUUUUCUGUUGGCAGUCAGCAAGUGAGGGUUACUUUACCAGGCAAUGCCCAAGUUUCCGUGCCGCAGCAGUCACAUGCUGCAAAGCAGCUUAUUUCUGGAGGCAACCUGCGGGGUCAAGUUGUUGUCAGCGCCUCUUCCUCACUCAAAUCCAACUCCCUGGGUUCACGUGUCCAGGCGGCAGCUACCACUGUAGCUUCUGUCACUUCUAAGAAAGGUGGUUCCUCAGUCCUUGGCACAUCUUAUACACAGAAGUGGAAAAUCUGCACCAUCUGCAAUGAGCUCUUUCCAGAGAAUGUCUAUAGUGCUCAUUUUGAGAAAGAACACAAAGCUGAGAAGGUCCCUGCUGUAGCAAACUACAUCAUGAAGAUCCACAACUUCACCAGCAAGUGUCUCUACUGCAACCGCUAUCUCCCAAGUGACACUUUGUUAAACCACAUGUUGAUUCAUGGUCUGUCUUGCCCACACUGCCGUGCAACCUUUAAUGACGUUGAGAAGAUGGUGGCUCACAUGCGCCUGUCCCACCCAGAUGAGAGCGUUGGCCCACGCACAGAUUCUCCCUUGACCUUUGACCUCACGCUGCAGCAGGGUAGUCCCAAAAAUGUUCAGUUGAUUGUUACUACCUACAAUAUGAAAGAUGCCCCAGAGGAAUCUGUGGCAUUUCAUGCUCAAAACAACAACACCGCCUCUGUCCCAUCAGCCUUGUCUGCCUCCCUUAUAUCAGGCAAGAGGUUAAUGCCUCAACAUCCGCCCAAAACGCCUUUAGCAACUGCUGACAGUGCACCAACAAAGAGUAUCCCUCAGGCUUCUGUGCCCUACAAGAGGGAUGUGGGCAAGACACUUUGUCCCCUUUGUUUUUCAAUCCUCAAGGGCCCAAUCUCAGACUCACUGGCACACCACCUGAGAGACAGGCACCAGGUGAUUCAGACAGUCCACCCUGUGGAGAAGAAGUUGACCUACAAGUGUAUUCACUGCUUGGGGGUUUAUACUAGCAACAUGACUGCCUCCACCAUCACACUACAUUUGGUGCACUGUCGAGGUGUAGGGAAAUCACAGAAUGGACAGGAUAGCCGGCCAGCACAUUCUCCUCGUGCUGGCCAGAACCAGAGCAGCUCUCUCAAACGGGCCAGCUUUGAUAGUUCUGACUCUGGUGCACCAAAAAGGAGGAGGCCCGGACCCCCUGGAGAAAGGGCCCACCCACGGGAUUACAAUGGUCCAUGUGCAUUUGUAGAGAAUUCUGAUGAGCCUGUAACUCUGGCUCUUGACCCCAAAGGACAGGAAAAUGAGUCUUACGAAUCCAGAAAGGCAUUCCUCACACAAUAUUUCAAUCAAGCACCAUAUCCUACACGACGGGAGGUAGAGAAGCUAGCAGCCAGUCUUUGGCUAUGGAAGUCUGACAUCUCCAGCCACUUUGUGAACAAAAGGAGGAAAUGUGUACAGGAAUGUGAAACCCAAAAUGCGAAUGUGUUGCUUGGGUUCAGUAUGCACGAGCUUAGUAAAGUAAGACAUGAGCUAGCAUUUGUUCUGGACGAUGUGUUUGAGGGCGGACAAAGCAAGAGGCGGACGUCUAGUACACAUAUGGGGUUGUCAGAGCAGGCUCUACAGAGACAUAAGGAGCUUGUUGCUGCUAAUGGUGGUGUGGCCCCGCCAAGAAAGGGACAGCCCAUUGAAGAAGAUACUACAGUAACCCCAUCUGCCCUAAAACCUGUCAGUGCCAGCAGAAACCAACCCAAGACAAUCAACAGCACCAUACCACAGAAAAUGCCUCUAGACCUUUCUGAGCCCAUUGCCAUCGACUCUGACAGUGAUGAGGAAGAGCAGCAUAACAGGGAACAAGAGGGAGAGGUACAUCUCCAUGGUAACAAACAGCUUACUGGAGCUAAAGAAAGAACUGAGCCAAGGACAGGGGCCAAGAUUGUUUCAGAUCUUGAUGAUUUGUCGGAUGACGAUGAGGACGAUGAUGAUGAAGAUGAUGAUGAUGAGGACGAAGGCGCACAUGUAGAGAAUGGUUUUGGGCCCUCAGUGGUCUCAGGAAGACUGGAUGCUAAAGGAAGAGACACUCUGCCCAUCAUAAUUCCCAAGUUUGUUCCUUCAUCUGCAAGAAGUGGGAGGGACAGGGCCCAGCUGGGCAAACAGCAGGUCUGACUGUUAAAAUCAACAAGACUCACACAGUCAGAGAGACACUUAAGUUUUGAUCCAUGCCAACAAAUCUGCCUCGCUUGAACCGAAGGACAAUGCCUGGUGAAGGUGGGAGUAAAAAAAAGAUGGAACAACUUGAGUCAACUCAAAACAAGCCAUCCAGUGACAUUUAUGGACAGGACUCAACAAGCAGCUAAGAUUGAUGUAAAGAUUUGUAAACAGUUUUAAUCUGUUUCCUCCAGUGUGAGGGCUGGUGCAAAGAAAAAGGUUACACCAAACAAAUAGAAAGUUUUUUGCCUUCUAUAUUCUUUAUUACAUUGAGAUAAGGAGUAAUUAAAGUUGAUUUAGCCACUGAACUUGUUAAAGUGGCUCAAAAUAAUGAGUUAUUGUUCGGUUAAGCUUUUGAGCUGACCAGAUAAUCCAUCAUUUUUCCUUCUACUGAGAUGGGUAAUGUAAAUUUGUACAGUCUUUUAGACGUGUUUGGACACAUGUUGCCGUACAUGUACCCUUAAAUAUUUGCUAUUACCUGUAUGUAAGGUAGCCUCAUAAGUUCUACAUUGGUAUGCUUAACGCUAGAUGUUGCUUUGGUGGCUGGUAUUUUCUUCUGUGUUAAGAUUAUUUUUUAACAAACCUAGGUUUCUUUUUUUUUGCAAAAUAAUAUAUCUAUAUAUAAAUGAAAUAAUAGAAUGAUUUGUUUUUGCUUUUAACUUGAUUAGAUUUUAUUUUUUUAAGUUUUGUUUUCCCAAGUUUUUGGUUCUGACAAAAUACUGGCGCUGAGUUUUUCACGUUCUCUUACAGUAUCAAGGAUCAUUUCAUCAUCUUUUGCAGCCUUAUGCUCACUAGCCUUGACUCGACUCUUCUUGCUCUCUAUUUUCAGUUCAAAUAGUUUCUUUGCUCCACAAGGCUGGGCUGUCACAAUCCUGACACUCACAGAAGUUGAAGCCUUUUUUUUCCCAAAAAUAUAGUCGUGUUCAAUAUGUGUUCUUUGAAUUGUGCGUAUUUUGUUUUGUUUCCAUUUUUCACUUAAGCAUUUAUGAACAAUAAAGUGCUGUAAUUGUGCUUCUCACUUAA